AUGCGUUUUAUAGCAUUUAUACUCGUUUGUGUAUGUGCAAAUAAAUAUAAACCAAUUGAUUUAGGAUAUGCAAUUCUAGCUGCAUUUACAUUCAUACAUACAAUUAUGUUAUUAAUUAUUGAAUAUCUUCACUAUUAUCGAUUAUGGUUUAAUUAUCGACCAGAUACUUUAAAUAAAUUAAAACCAACAUAUAACCCUAAUCAUGAAGUUUUUUUAUCCAUUGGAUCAACAAAUAAUCAUCAAACAAGCCAUUGGCAAAAUUCUCGAUGUGGAAAAGGUGAAAAUUGUUCAUCAGGAAAUAUUUAUCAUGCAAUUAUGUAUCAUUCUGGAAACACACGUUAUCCACCAGAUCAAACUACUGAUGGUCAGAUUGUUGCCGGUUUUCAUCAAACAAGUCAUAAGGCUGUUUAUUCUAUUGCUCAAGAAGAAUUUAAAGCAAGUCAGUUUGGUGCAUAUAUCUGUGCUCAAGUAGAUUUAGGUAAAACAAUACGCAUAACUGAUCCAUCAGUUUGGAAAUGUGCAGAAAGAUAUGACACAAUUUAUUAUGCGCAUCCCCGUGGUGCUGAUGAAUUUUGUGUACCUAAUCGAAACCAAAUUCGUUCUUGGGUUAUUGUUAUCGAUCAAGAUCCAACUGUACAUAUUUUGAAAAGAGAUGACAACAAUAGGGCCAAUUGUUGUCAUCAUCUCUUAUAA